AUGACGAAAUCUCGUGAGCCGCCGCGAGGCCGGAUGCGGGUGGAACCGAGCAUACCGUUGGAUUUCAGCAGCCUCCCAGCGGUUCAGGAAAUGAUCGAGGAGAACAACCGCCAAACGAGGCCGAAACGUCGGUUGAAGCAAUUUGAAUUCAUCAACGAAGUCUUUACGAGACUCGGGGACCGCGCAAUCAACGAUGCAGCCGCGGUUCCUGUUCUCUCCAGUUUUCUCCAGGAAUGUGUGGAAAAACAUGGCACUCUCCCCCGUAGCUCGGCGUUGGCCAAAGUUUUGUACUUAUGGUCGGAAAAUGGGUUGGUGGGGGAGGGGCAGUCGCUUUUGGGGGAGGUGUUGCAGGCAGACCCCGCGUUGCGCAAAAAUGCCUUUGAUGAGAAAGUCGCCACCGUCUCGCUUCGUCUUCUUAGCCGAUCGGCAAGUGUGGACGUGGAUCUCAUGAAUAAAAUUCUUGCAAUGCUUCCAGAAGGGGCUCAUAAGAGGCGACUUUUCUUCCCGUUACUUCAACACGCCGCACGAACCAAGGACACCGCACUUGCCUUCAAUACGCUGCGCAUGGGGCAGAACAAGAAGAUUGAAUUCUGGGAUGCGGAUUAUCAUCAGUUGCUCUGUACCAUUCAACAUGCUGCGACGGAGGGCGGCAAUACGACAAAGUUGCUGGAUGAGCUGCUGGAGGCCAUGGUAGACCACCACCCGGUUGUGGGUAAACGCAACGCUGAGGCACUGAAGCACAUGAUGGGGGGCGAAAUGGCAGAAAUCAAUGAUAAGACAGGGGAAUGCAGUCGGUGUGGGACGAAACUUUUCAGUUUUGAUUUUACUUCAAUAGAUCGAGCCACGCUGUUAAGUGAUAUUGAAACAAAGCUUAUAGCCCCACGGGUGGGGGGUGAAAAUCACUAUGAGCCGGAGAGAAUUGUAACACCUGCCGAAAAGGAUCGGCGAUGGCGUGAAUUUGAGGCGUUUAAAGAGACACUUACAAAUUGCGAUUACGAUGUUGUUAUUGAUGGCGCAAAUGUUGGGUAUUAUGGCCUUAGUAGUUGGUAUCGAGAGGCAAAGGAAUUGUGUUUGCGUGCGCGUGGUGUGGACCCGACGACCGUGCCAGAGUAUCAACUUUGUGAGGUGCCAUUACCUGUUGAUGUCCCACCAAAGUUUUCUCUCAUUGAUGAAAUGUUAGCGCAGACGAGAUGUGUUGGUAGAAAACCGUUGGUGAUGCUGCAUAAACGUCACGUGGAGUCUCCUUCUAAGGAGAGUAGUGAGUGGCUUCUAAAGUGGAAAGCCGACUCCGCUCUGAUUGCCUGUCCGGGAUUUAUGAAUGACGACUACUGUUGGCUUUAUGCGGCCAUCUGCAAGCCGGAUUGUCUUUUUGUCUCGAACGAUCUGAUGCGUGAUCAUCAUUUUAUGUUGCUUAGUCGGCGAUCGUUUCUACGAUGGCGCCAGCGGCAUCGUGUAACGUACAAGGCCUUGUUUCAGCGAGCGACGGGUACUGCGACGUUAUUGCUUGCAAUGCCUCGGCCCUUUUCCGUGUGGGUUCAGCGGGGACUGCUUUCACGGACGCAUUGGCAUGUGCCGGUUCUAUUGUCAGCUGAUAUCAUUGAUCAAGCAACGAACAGGGCCUCUGGAAAGCAGGUGGAAGUGGAUAAGGAUGGUGAUGAUUCGUGUGAUGCGUGGCUUUGCACAGCCGCGAAGAAUCUUCUUAAUCGAAGCGAGUAG